UUAAAUCUUCGCUCUUGCCGUCACUUCCCCUCCCCCCUCAGAAAACCCUAACCCCAGAAUCCCAGUGAGAGAGAGAAAGAGCGAAAAUGAAGUACAACCCACGAGUCUCCAGCUCCCGCCGCAAGAGCAGGAAGGCCCAUUUCACGGCGCCAUCGAGCGUCCGCCGUGUUAUCAUGAGCGCACCACUCUCCGGCGACCUCAGAAGCAAGUACAACGUCCGUUCAAUGCCGGUGCGCAAAGACGACGAAGUCCAGGUGGUUCGUGGUACCUUCAAGGGUCGCGAAGGGAAGGUGGUUCAGGUCUACAGGAAGAAGUGGGUGAUUCACAUCGAGAGAAUCACAAGGGAGAAGGUGAACGGCUCCACCGUCAAUGUCGGAAUCCACCCCUCGAAGUGCGUCAUCACGAAGCUCAGGCUCGACAAGGACCGUAAGUUGCUUUUGGAUCGCAAGGCUAAGGGUAAAUCUGCUGCUGAUAAGGAUAAGGGCACCAAGUUCACUGCCGAGGAUAUUAUGCAGACUGUUGAUUAGUUGCUCUUGAGAGGAGAGAGAGUAAGGGUUUGAGGAUUUUGCUCUUAUGUUUAUCGUUUUUGUUAAAUUCUGUUGGAUUUUUAUAAUCUGUCCUUUUUGGAACUUAAUUCAGGUAGUGGAUUUUAUGUUAAAACAUGAUUUUGGAUCUAUAUAUUGUUGGUUAGAUUA